AUGGUCGCUGCACUGGACGCUGAAGAGAUCCUUCGUCUCGAAAUGCAAUGCCUCGACCUACUCUUCGAAAACAAGGUGGAAGACGCUCUCGACGUUUUUACCGCGGGGGGAGAGGGGGAUUCGCCCUUUCUCCUCAAGGCGCGUGGCAUAAGUGCACUCCUGAAUGCUGCACUGGGCAUGGAGCCCGCACUCGUGGAGGAUGCUGCGAAGUACUUGGCCCUCGCCGAAAAAAGUGCCAGGAAACACAUGAAACAUGCUAAAUCGACCACCUCGAGUCAUCGUUUCCAACCGGGCAUCGAAUGGGAGGUCAUCCGCACCGACGCACUCGUUUUCCUUGGGCUGACUCGCGCACUCUCCGAAUCACCCAAGGGAUACAUCCUGUGUUUGUAUGAACUUAAUAAGUUGUUCAAAACGGUAUACCCCAACGGACUAGAUGCAUAUGUGACGGCACGCCAAUCCACACUUGCAGCAUCUCACAACCUUUCAGAGACAAAUUUACAACAUGCUACGACAACACUCUCUAUUCCCGUUCGACCGUCCGGAUUCCUUGCUCGGUGUACGGGGCUGGGUAACCUGACUAAGCCCAAGCCUGUUCCCCGCACCAUCAUCAACCCUGUCAGUGGGUCUGUCGAAGAGCUCAUAUUGUCAUCAGCAGCGCUUGGGUAUGGACUCUGCAAUCUAGUCUUGUAUUCGUUGCCUGCAACAUUGAGGAACCUGGUCGGAUUUCUUGGGUAUAGCCACGACAGACAAUUGGCACUUAAAGCGCUUGAAGUGUCUGCUGCAGGCACAGACCUGCAUGCUGUCAUUGCAGGGUUGGUGUUGAUAGCAUACUAUGGUGGCUUGUUACUCGCAUCCGGAUAUCAAGCGGAUGAGAAGCACAUCAUAGAUCAAUACACAGGUAUCGUAGGGAGGGUAUUGCAGCAACAUCCUAGAUGGUCUCUUUGGAUACUCAAUAAAGCCAAGAUCCAACGCAUGACAGGUGAUCCCAAGGGGGCUAUCAUUACACUUCAAGAGGGAUUGCAACUUAAAUCAUUGCCGCAAGUUGAUGCAUGGUUGGCAUUGGAGCUAGCAUGGACACUAUUUCAAUGUAGACAAUAUGAAGCGAGUGCGCAAGCGUUUACGGAGGUCGCAAAGAUGAAGAAUUGGAGUCAUGCGACGUAUCACUUCCUCGCUGCUGGGUGCUACGUGUGCAUUGGACAAUUAGACAAGGCUCAGAAAAUGUUUAAUGCACUCCCGGAAGCCAUAGAUAAACGAAGAAGGAACAUGCCUAUAGAAGUGUUUAUCAAGAAGAAGCUUGAGUUCUACAAGGCGAAACAUGCUCGUCGGGGUGGAGAUCCCGAGCGAUUCGUGGAGUCUAUGAAGAUUAGCCCUGCAGAAGAAUUUGCUAUCGUGUGGAAUGCACAUGCACAUGCCGAUGAGGAAUCGGCUUUGGCGCAUAUCGCAGAGUUGACUGCACUCACACCGCCUAUGGACAUACAGACCGAGUAUCUGACGCCUUCGUCGAGUGUACAGCAGCCUGGGACGCUUCCUGACCUGGACAUGCCAGAUGAGUUCGCAGUGCGUUCAUUUAUUUUGGGAAUCUUGCACCGGACGUUGGGUGACUACGCUGGUGCGCGAAAGUUGCUUCAUGAUGCCCUGAAACACCAUCAGAAUGGGGAUGUGAACAGUUGGCUUGGUGGGGUGACUCAUUUCGAGCUGGCUGUGCUGGAUAUGAAGGAAGGUGAACAGAGAUCUGCCGCAAUGAGUGAGGGGAAUCCUGUGGGAGGUGAAGCGGUACUGGAAGUUUGGAAUCACGCGAUCAAGAGUGCCAAGGGCACCCUUGCACGCGCCCGUGCGCUGUGUACGCGAGAGACGGAUUUAUCGUCGCGGUUGGGUGGUCGGAUCAUGAAGUUACGCGAGGAGAUUGAUAUGAAGGUGAGGCAGCUUCGCGAUUGA